GCCUGCUUGACUAGACUCUGGCGCUCGUGUGGACGUCACGACGACACUCGUUGUGGGCCGACAACAGGACGCACGUUGCUCCCAUUCAACCACAAAACAUCACAUUUCUCUCCAGACAUGGCUUCUAAAUGUCCCAAGUGUGACAAGACGGUCUACUUCGCCGAGAAGGUUUCGUCGCUGGGCAAGGACUGGCACAAGUUGUGCCUGAAGUGCGACCGCUGCAACAAGCUGCUCAACGCCGGCGGCCACGCUGAGCAUGACGGAAGGCCCUACUGCCACAAGCCGUGCUAUGCUGCCCUCUUUGGACCCAAAGGUGUGAACAUUGGCGGCGCCGGUUCCUACGUGUACGACACACCGGCCAGCAGCGCUUCGUCGACCGGCGGAGACGACGCCCUUGGGCAGGCCGAGGAAAAGAAGACGUCCGCCGCCAAGCCGCCGUCCAAAGCUGGAGGUAUCACCACUUUUUCCGGCGAAGCCAACAUGUGCCCCAGAUGUAACAAGAAGGUGUAUUUCGCCGAGAAGGUGACGUCGCUGGGCAAAGACUGGCAUCGCCCCUGCCUGCGCUGCGAGAGAUGCAGCAAGACUUUGUCUGCCGGUGGGCACGCCGAGCACGACGGCCAGCCUUACUGCCACAAGCCAUGCUACGCUGUGCUCUUUGGGCCCAAAGGCGUCAACACGGGCGGCGUGGGCAGCUACAUCUAUGAGCCGGCCCAGCAGUAACUCCGCUACCCUCCCCUCCCUCCUCAAUCGCCACCUUCUCCUGACAACUUGUUCCGCAUCUUUCCCAAUUGUUCCAAGCAACUGUUUUUGAAAAAAAUCCUGCACACAUGAGUUAUGUUCCUCACGACCAAGUUUUGCAUGGCCUUUCCUUUCAAGAAAAAAAAGAUGUUUUUAACCACAGAAAAUUUCAGUGGUGUCGAGGACAGAAAAAGCAGGAGAUUGUUGUGUUGCCAAUGGAACUCGUGUAUUUUUUCUCAAUGCCAUAUUUAAUAGUUCUGACAGCCUGACGACAUGCUAAAGUUGACUGUUACAGCACCGUUAUUAUCUUCUUAUGUUAACAUUGUUUGGACAUUUGAAAAUGUCCUGAAGUGUGAAUGUGAGCGUGAGUGCUUGUCGGCCUGUUUGCGUCCUGCCAUUGGGCGGUCAAGCCAGGCGAGGCCAUGAAUCACCCCCAUUGGGGACCAAAAAAGUAUUCCUGUCAUUUCCACACAUUCAGAAGAGGUCAAGCUGUUGGAUGACAAAGUGUUUCCUUAGUGUAGACACUGCCAUGUGUUGCUCUUGUUAGUUUAGCUUUGCACUCAAUGUAUGGCAGACACGUGUUUUAUUAUUAUUAAUAUUCGUGGUCGUCUCCACCUGUUUCUGUUGUUAACAGAUUGUGGUGUCUGUCGUUUCCAAGAUGCAAUAAAGCCACACUACAUGCACA